GACCUCACGUGACAUUGUGGUCACGUGACCCCGGCCCCGCGGGAACCGAGGUGCAGUCCAGCUCCGGCAGCAGGAGGGGGGCCGGCGUGCCCAACCCCCAGCCCCGUCGCGACCAUGCUGUCCCGCCUGCUCAAAGAGCACCAGGCCAAGCAGAAUGAGCGCAAGGAGCUGCAGGAGAAGAGGAGGCGCGAGGCUAUCACUGCAGCGACCUGCCUGACAGAAGCUUUGGUGGAUCACCUCAAUGUGGGUGUGGCCCAGGCCUACAUGAACCAGAGAAAGCUGGACCAUGAGGUGAAGACCCUUCAGGUCCAGGCUGCCCAGUUUGCCAAGCAGACAGGCCAGUGGAUCGGGAUGGUGGAGAACUUCAACCAAGCACUCAAGGAAAUCGGGGAUGUAGAGAACUGGGCUCGGAGCAUCGAACUGGAUAUGCGCACAAUUGCCACUGCACUGGAAUAUGUCUACAAAGGGCAGCUGCAGUCUGCCCCCUCCUAGCCCUUCUUCCCUCCUCUACCUUACCCCUCAUGCCUCACCCACAGAGGUAACUGAUGAAUAAAACUCAAGUGUCCAUUUCUA